UCAUAUUUUUUUUAUUUUUUUUUGAUUACCAGUCGAAUGACAAUAGGCAAGAUGAUAGAGCUUCUUGGUGGCAAAGCCGGGGUUUCAAGUGGUAGAUUUCAUUAUGGAAGUGCCUUUGGUGAACCUAGUGGCCAUGCAGACAGAGUUGAAACCAUAAGUGAAACACUUGUGAACCAUGGCUUUAGCUACAAUGGCAAAGACUUCUUCUAUUCAGGCAUCAAAGGGUGUCCACUGCAAACCUAUAUAUUCAUGGGGCCAAUCUACUACCAGAAAUUAAAACACAUGGUUCUCGAUAAGAUGCAUGCCCGUGCUAGGGGACCCCGUGUCAUGCUAACCAGACAACCUACUGAAGGAAGAAGCCGUGAUGGAGGACUACGACUUGGAGAAAUGGAACGUGAUUGCUUGAUUGCUUAUGGUGCUAGUAUGUUGAUUUUUGAACGCUUAAUGAUCUCUAGUGAUCCAUUUGAAGUUCAGGUUUGCAGGGUUUGUGGAUUGCUGGGUUAUUACAACCAUAAGCUGAGAACUGGCAUCUGUUCCACUUGCAAAAAUGGAGAUAAUAUCUCUACCAUGAAACUGCCUUACGCUUGCAAACUCUUAUUCCAGGUUAGUUUUGACAGUUCUUGA